AGGGGCGGAAGAAAAGGUCUUCUUUACGGUUGGGAGAGAGACGGAGAGCGCAAGGUGAGCUUUGGAAGUCGCCGGAAGUGGCAAGAAGCUGGCAACAGGCGGAACCGAGAAGAACAGCGAGAAAGAAGGGAGGUCUGUGUAAGUGGUUGAAAGGAUCGAGUGACCAGAAAGAAGGUCGGUGUAAGUGAAGGAAGGACGAGGUGUGGCUGGAUCAAAGGGCCAAGAGAAGAGGGUCAGUGUACGUGGGUAGAGAGGAUCAAGGAAGGAGCCGUGGAAGUGGCCGCGGCCCGGGGCCGGAGGAGUUCCGGACGAGGCCUGAAGGCAGCGGAGCAGAGCGCAAACCUGAGGGUGUUUGGAAAUUGGAAGGCUUGGUGGUGUACGAGGAUCAAGACCCGGAUCCUGCCUCAGAGAGUGGGCGAGGUGUCCGGGAUGUGGGAUCAGAGGCUCAUAAGGUUGGCCGUGCUGCAGCAGCUCCGGGCUGUCUAUGGCAUUAAAGUCAAGGGCGGCCGUGGGCAGUGCGAUCGCAGGAGGCCGGAAACAGCGGCCGCGGAAGUCAGGGGUAAAGUAUUUGGAGUACCUUUUAAUUCAUUGCCCCAUUCUGUUGUACCAGAAUAUGGACAUAUUCCAAGCUUUCUUGUUGAUGCUUGCACGUCUUUAGAAGAACAUGUUCAUACAGAAGGACUUUUUAGGAAAUCAGGAUCUGUUAUUCGCCUGAGAGCACUAAAGAAUAAACUGGAUCAUGGGGAAGGUUGCCUGUCUUCUGCACCACCUUGUGAUAUUGCAGGACUUCUUAAGCAGUUUUUUAGGGACUUGCCAGAGCCCAUUCUCCCAACUGAUUUGCAUGAAGCACUUUUCAAAGCUCAACAGUUGGGAUCGGAGGAGAAGAAUAAAGCUACAUUGUUGCUCUCCUGUCUUAUGGCUAACCACACGGUUGAUAUAUUAAGAUACUUCUUUAACUUUCUCAGAAAUGUUUCCCUCAGAUCCAAUGAGAAUAAGAUGGAUAGCAGCAAUCUGGCGGUAAUAUUUGCACCAAACCUUCUUCAGACAAGUGAGGGACAUGAAAAGAUGUCUGCUAACACAGAAAAAAAGCUCCGAUUACAGGCUGCUGUAGUACAGACUUUUAUCGAUUAUGCAUCAGAUAUUGGGCGUGUCCCAGAUUUUAUCCUAGAAAAGAUACCGGCUAUGUUGGGUAUCGAUGGUCUCUGUGCUACGCCAUCACUGGAAGGCUUUGAAGAAGGUGAUUAUGAAUCUCCUGGUGAAUGUAAGAGAAAGCGACGACAAAGUGUGGGAGAUUUUGUUAGUGGAGCGCUAAGUAAACUUAAAUCUAACAGGACACCCUCUUUUACACCUCAGCAGGAAAGAAUCGCCCAGGUGCCUGUAUCACCAAUGAUUCUUACACCAAGUGCUAAGCGUAAACUGCCAGUAGAUUCUUCUCAUGGUUUCUCAAGUAAGAAAAGGAAGUCCAUCAAGCACAAUUUUAACUUUGAGUUGUUGCCAAGCAGUCUCUUCAGUAGCAGCUCUACACCAGUCUCAGUUCACUUUGAUACAAGCCCCGAAGGGUCAUCUCAGAGUUCACUCUCUCCUGUGGCCAUCAAUGGAAACCAGAUCAGUACUGGUGUCCAAAGGAGAAGUAAAAGGAUUGCAGGCAAGAAAGUUUGCAGGGUAGAAUCAGGAAAAGCAGGCUGUUUCUCUCCUAAAAUCAGUCGUAAAGAAAAGGUUCGAAGAUCUCUACGUUUGAAAUUUAGUCUGGGGAAAAGUAACAGAGAUGUGAAUGGAUGUUCCCGUCCUGGUGCCAAUAGAUGUGAAAAUGUUGGUCGGCGACUUGCAGAUCAACAAAGCUUACAAAAUGGGAUUGAAUCUGUAAAAACGGGUCUGCUUUUUAGCCCAGAUAUUGAUGAAAGAUUAAGAAAGAAAGGUUCAAAAAAGAUCAGUAAGUCUGAGGAAAACUUACUAACUCCAGAGCGACUGGAUGGAACAAAUUAUCGGAUGUCUUGGACAGCACCUAGUAAUUCAAGUUUUCAAGAAAUAGAUGCAAGUGAAACAUCUCUGAUAGCAGGAAAUCUCGAGGUGGAAAACUCUUCUUUGGAGGCCGACCUUGCAGUUGAAAAGUCACCUGUUACUUCACAUGAUCUCCCCCCUUCCGGUGUACACAGUAAUAGCAGUGUGACUGGAAAUACCCUUAGUGGGGAUGAAACUAACUUGACCACAGAGACCUUAGUGAAAAUUCAGAAAGCAUUUUCUGAAUCUGGAAGUAAUCUUCAUGAAUUGAUAAAUCACAGGCAAUUAUCAAUAACGAAUGAGGAGAAAGUAAAAUUGAAAGAAACGUCUUACGUAGAAUACAGCCCAGAGAAACAUCUAUUUGAAACUAAUGAUUUGACGGUGAUAGAAUCAGAGGAAAAGUAUGAACGCCACCCUAGUAAAGAUGAAAACAGUUUUUCAGAGAGAGACUUCUCACUAUAUCAAACUCCAAAAUUGGGCAAAGAAACAAUUAUAAAAUGUUAUUCAACUCAGACGAAGAUGGAACAUGAAAAAAGUGUUUGUUCAGAUAUACCGCAAGAUUACUGCAGCAAGCAAGAAUUCCCCAGUGAUGAGCAAAUGAAGAAACGGGAGUCCCCAAGAGAUCAGCUCAAUACUAAAUUAGAAGAGGAGGGGAAUGUAAUUAAAGAAAAUUUACUAACACAUGCAGUUUCUGGGGCCGAUGUGGCUAAAUCACCUUCCUCAGAGCACAUGACGUGUCGCAUAACAAACUUAUCAAAGCCUCGGCCUGUGAGAAUCGUGAAACAGCAGUCACUGGUGGGAACACGCGACACAAUGAUUUCAGGAGGUGUACAAGUGACAGAGCACGGCAAGGUUUCAGACCACAUACAGUGGUUUAAUAAGCUUUCUUUAAAUGAACCAAAUAGAACAAAAGUUAAGUCACCUCUUAAGUUUCAGCGUACCCCUGUGCGUCAGUCUGUCAGACGAAUUAAUUCUUUGUUGGAGUAUAACAGACAACCUGUAAACCCUAAGUCGGUGAGUCAUGGAGAUGCUGCUUCUCCUCUGGUUAAGGCAGUAAGCUGUGACAGUGCUCUUUCUUGUAUAGAAAAUAUGUCACAAGAGUCCUCUAUUACAUGUAACAAAUCGGGUGCUAAAGAAGAGAAAUCUACAUCACAUGAAGAGCCAAAUGUUGAUGCAAUUUCAAAGUCAAGCAUGGAGUUCACUUCUAAAUCUUUCUCAAAGAUGAAGAGGCACCGAGACCCAGUGAAUGCUUCUCUUGGGUCUACUAGAAUUUGUAAACAGGAAGUGGUAUGUCGUGACCAAAUUAAGGUUCCUUUGGAGGACCUGACUAAUUAUGAUAUAUUAAAAUCCGUUGUAAAUAACAAUAUAGGCUUUUCUCCUGGGGUAAAUAACAGAGUCCUUAGGAAACCCUCAGAAAGAGAAAGGGCUUGGUAUAAAGGUUCUCCCAAAGCUCCUAUCGGAAGAGCUCAGCUAUUACCAACCAGUAAGCCUGUAGACUUGUGAUUGGUGAAUGGUAUUCCUGUCAUUAAUGUGAAGAAAAUUAGCAAUCAGUGAUAUGACUUGCAGAAUAAUCUGCAUGUUAUUUGUAGCUGGGGUGAUUAUUAAGUCAUAGAUUUUUCUCUGAAACUUUUUUAUUUCACUGCACAAGCAACUUGAAUUUUAUACGUGUAUAAAUGACAACUUUGUUUUUCUUAAUUAUGGCAGUAUUUAAACUUCUUUUAAUUUUACCAUGAUCUCUCAAGGCAGAGAUUACACCUUAGCUUUUUAAAGAACUUGUUGACUGGGUUUAUAAAUAAUUAGUGUUUGAAAUAUGCAUGAAUUUUAUUUUUAUGUGUGAUGGGAAGAGUGGAGCGAGCCUCUUUGCUGUUAUUCCUCCUAUGUCAGAGAAAGUUUCUUCAAGAAGUUUCCAGACACGUAAAGGGAAAAGAUAAACCCUGCACAUUUCAUUACUUGACUUACAUAAAAUUAAUGUUUAUUGUAUUUACUCAAAAUUCCUAGAAAUUCAUUUGGCCAAUAGUAUCCUAACACUUGAUUCCAAUUUGGGUCAGAGUUAUUUGGUUUGUAUUGUCUAUAGAUUUGUGUAAUAUAUUCAUUUGAACUGGGAAUGACUAAAACAGAAUAAUGAUUAAAGUGUGCGCCCGUAUUAUGAUGAUGCAGAAGUAACUGAUGACUUUUAAGCCAUACUAUGUUUAAAGUUAAUUUGCACAAAUACAUUUGUAUCUGUUUUGUCCAAUAUAGAAUUUAAAUUAUUUAAGGAGGAAUAAUUAAACUUGAAAAAAGUUUGAUCAAGGUGAUUUCUUAUAUGCGGAUGCUUGAUUUUAGAAUUUCAAAUAGUUGAUGCACCUGUGUAUGUUUAACUAGGAUAAAAGUCUUCAAUGGUUUUGUCUUGUGUGUAAAUGUUAUUUAUUUAGCAUAGACAGUAAAAAGAAUUUUCUAGAAUAUGACUUGCCUGAGACUCUACUAGAAAUUCAAAGUGCCAUUUAAUACUUGACCCCAAAUGUCAAACAAAUCUGUCUAAAUUUACAUUUUAAAUUAUUAAAUGAAAUCUGAGAAACUACAAACCUUUAAGAAAAUAGUGUGAUGACUAAUAGAACAUAUUCUCCAGGUUUUGGAGGAAAGAACAAGCAGGCAGAACUGACCACUUACGAUUGUUCUACAGGUCACUUGUCAGAGUGCUGUAUGCAGAUGUUGGAGCAGAGUAGAACUGAAUCGCACCCCUGCUCAGAGCUACCAGACUUACACAUGAGGAAGUUCAAGUCAUACGUUUGCUUUACCAA